CCGUGGGAACUAAGUUCAUUUGCCUCAUUAGCAAAGCGGGCACGGAGAAAUAGGGCGUGUUGUACAUUAUUGACACUUCUAUGGGCGGUUCUAAUCCCUGCGUUUGACAGAGUACCAGUGUGUCGCUGCAUCCGAGCACCCGCCGUCAUAGCAUCAUCAACCACCAGGCCAGGACGGAGCGCCAACGUGACUGGCCGAGCCGAAAUCCAAUUCCAGAAAACGUUUACAAUUAACGAUAUGUAGCUAUUAGACGUAUCGAGAUUGGGAAAUAAAACAAAGACUAAGAUACAUCCCGUGGCCUGCGGCGCAAUUUUGAUUAUUUCAACAGACAUCAACGCCUUGUCUCUCAAAAUGGCUGAGAUCACCGAAAUCCGAGCAGCAUACGACAUGUCCCCAGUGCUUGCAGGCUUCAUUGGGGCAGGAGUCUUGGUGGUCGCCGUGGUAACACUGGUCUUCCUCUGGGUGUGCUGCCAGCGCCGGCGCCGCCGGUUGACGGGCGCCUACAAGCUCCACGGCAUUCAAUCAGAGCCCUACAACCCCUCGACAGACCCGCCCUACAAGUUUAUCCACAUGCUGAAAGGCAUCAGCAUCUACCCGGAGACACUGACAAACAACAAGCGAGUUGUGCGACUGGCCAGGAAAGCUGGAUGGAGGGGGCGCGGGGGUCAAGGGGCGACCGAGGGGGAGCAGGGCGGAGCAGUCGUGGAUGCGGUCGACGGAGCCGCAGUGGCCGAAAACGGGCAGGUCCCCUACACCCACCAGCCUGAAGAGGACGGGCAGUGUGAGGGCGUGAGCCGCCACCCGCCAAGGAUGGAGCGCGACCUGCCCAUCCGGGCCGACUACAGCUGCCUGGAGAGCGGCUCGGCCCCCAGCAGCACCAGCAGCAGCGGCCAGAGCAGCGCCACAGCCACUCCUUUCACCCCAGCCACCGAAGACGAGCUGCAAAGCCUGGGCGAGCUCAGCCUUGCCGUGGACUACAACUUCCCCAAGAAGGCCCUGGUGGUUACCAUCCAGGCGGCCCGCGGGCUCCCGGCUGUGGACGAGCGGGCCGACAGUGCUGACCCUUACGUCAAGAUGACCAUCCUGCCCGAGAAGAAGCACCGCGUCAAGACCCGCGUGCUCCGACGCACCCGCCAGCCCGUCUUUGACGAGACUUUCACCUUCUACGGCGUGCCGUACAGCGCCCUGCCCGAGCUCACGCUGCACUUCCUGGUGCUCAGCUUUGACAGAUUCGCCCGCGACGAUGUCAUCGGCGAGGCCGUGGUGCCACUGGCCGGCGUUGACCCCAGCACGGGCAAAGUGCAGCUCACACAAUACAUCAGCAAGAGGAGCAUGCAGUGUGUGAGCCGCGGGGAGCUGCUGGUGUCUCUGUCCUACCAGCCUGUCCCUCACCGGCUCAGCGUGGUGGUGCUCAAGGCCAAGCACCUCCCCAAGAUGGAUAUCACCGGACUCUCUGGCAACCCGUACGUGAAAGUGAACGUGUAUUACGGUCGCCGGCGCAUCGCCAAGAAAAAGACCCACGUGAAGAAGGGCACGCUGGACCCCGUCUUCAACGAGUCCUUCAUCUACGACGUGCCGGCCGAGCUGCUGCCCGACAUCUCCGUGGAGUUCCUGGUCAUGGACUUCGACCGCACCACUAAGAACGAGGUGGUGGGCCGCCUGGUCCUGGGGGCGCGGAGCUCCUUGCCGACCGGCGCUGCCCACUGGCAUGAGGUCUGCGGCAACCCGCGCCGGGAGGUGUCCAAGUGGCACAGCCUGAGCGAGUACUAGAACCGGCUGAGAACACACACAUACAUACAUACACACACACACACAGAUGUACACGCGCAUACGCAUGCACGCACCAACAUGUCUUCGACAUACACUUAAACGUACAUGCACAAACAAACCCACAGACAGAUAUGCAUACAUGCAAACGUCAUGCCUACUUACAAACAGAAUACAUGCACACAUGCAAGUUCAUAUAUGAAAGCAAAAUAACUCUGUACAGGUGAGAUGCCUUCAUCUCCUCUCUCUGUCUCACAUACACACCCAAACACAGUCGCACAUACACACACAUAUAUACACCCAUACACAAAUGCUCAUACACACAAACACUCAUUUAAACUCCUACAUGCAUAUGCAUUUACGCACAUACAUGGACACCAGAAGUUCAUGCACACUGACAUAUGUAAGCAAAAGACCUCUGUCUGAGAGUGAUCUCACUCUUCUAAACAAAGUGGACAAAGGGAACUAAACAUCAGUUUCCAUUCAAAAAGGACUUGAACACAAAUACUGACACACUAAAAACACAAGUUGUGACACACAUAUACAAUUACACUGUCACAAAAGAAUAGUCACCAUGGAGAACAAAAUAUGACUAUGAAUACAAGACUGUUAUCAUCUUUUGGUGGUGGUGUUUUGGGGACCGAAGCCCAAGUUUUGCUUUUCAUUUUCUAAUAAUUGUAUAACGUCGGAAUUCACUAAUCUCUCCUUGCACUGGUUGUAUCGCAUGUCAGAUCAAUGAAACAGAUGUUUUUUUUCCACAAGAAAAGAAAGCCAGUGAGCAAAAAGAAGUGUUGUUGUUGAAAUAGAGUGAUAUUUUUUUGUUCAACCAAAUAUAGCAAACCAGGCAGAUGGUGUACAGCAAUCGUUCUAAAAAUGUGAUGUCAAAUUAUUUUUCUUUUGGAAGAUUUAUUUCAUUGUAAGACUUGCUAAUGAGUUGGGAUGACGAUUUCUGAGCAGACAUAUUGCCCCCAAUCAAGCUCCUUCCCUCAUGCUUCUCUGGCUCUUCAAUAUCAGACUCAAAACAGAACUUUCUGACCAAUAAUACCACUAGACAGCGACUGCCUUGGGAUUGCUACCAUAAACAAACCCUGUUUUUUUUGUAGAAAAAGGUUGUGCUCAGCUACUGUAACAUACCCAAUACUGCUCUGUCUUGGUCAGAAUAACUAAACUGCAGCUCUCACUGUCUUCUGUGCUUUCUCAUUGUGACGCGACGGCUUGCACCUCACACAGCCAUCUCACCGGCUUAUAAAAAACUAUUACAUAUGAGCUAUAGUCCUGAUUGUAGGGGGCGCAAUUGAGGAUUUUAAUGAAGGACAGACACCCAUGACUGAAAUGACUGCAUUUCUUCAUGUACAGUAUAGGAUUACACUAAUUUGUCAAGGCCUCCCACUUUUUUAGGUUGCCCUUUUGUAUUUGUUUCGACUUUUUUGUAAAAAGUGAAAUUAGUGCACCAACAUUGCCUUGCAAAACCUUUGAAUUGUUCUAUAUUUCACGAUCAGGAUGAUAGACGACUAUCAGGAUGUCUCAUGGAAAUCUUGUCAAGACUUGCUGUAUGUGGGUUUGAAUUCAUAUCAGUUCUUCUCAUCUUAGCAUUUUAUUUUCCCUUAGAACCCAUCCAUCCAACCCCCUCUGUGGCUAUUUUCUACUCAGUCUCAAGACAGUAUUAGUUCAGUAAUGGCAACAUUCAAAUGACUAAGUCUGAACUGCAGUGGAAAGUUCCCAUCCUCAUAGCCUCCUUUACCUGCUGUCAGUCAGUGUGACUUGCAGUGGAUGGGACAGACACAAGGGUGAUGCGCAGUGGAGAGCGGAGCUAGGGUUUGGCAAGGCACACACCCACCAGAAGGAUGAGACACAGGUGGGCCACCACCACAGCACUGCUGUGACGUGGAAGAAGUCACUUUGACCUCUCUCUUUCUCCCUCUCUCGCUCUCUCUCUCUCUCAUAGACAAGUGUCUGCCUCUCCUCACUCCCAUCGCCCAUCUUGGUCUUUAUAUAAUCACACCUGUUACGUAUACCUUAUUGGGAUUAAAGAUGAGAAUACAUGUUGCAUAACUCCUGUGCUGUAUUAGUUUCAGUCUGCAAGAUGACGUGUGUAAGAUUGGCCACAGGCUUCUGGGGAUCUCCUAUGGCGAGAGCAGCAAGAGCACUCGAGCGCUCAGAGCCUCUGAACACAGCUGAGGCCCCUCCUGCUAACUCAGAGAGGAACGAGAGGACGAAACGGUGAAACAACAAAACAUUUGCGAUCUGCGCAGGAAGCAGAGAAAAUACACAUAUAUGCUGAAAAAAUGGUGUCAUCUCUGUUCUCUGAGGACAUAGAAAAGGCCUUCCUUUUGUUACUCAUCACGGACACAUCCUUACACGCCACCCUGACACACAUAUAGAUAAAAGUAUGCACACAUCCGCAUAGUCUGUCAACAGUGCUGUAGUGUGAAUUAUAGUAUUGUUUUUGCCAAGGCACUGUAGGCUCCUGUGAAAACUGUAGGGUCCUGUGAAGACGGUUGGCUCCUGUGAAGGUGGCACAGUUUAGUGCGAAACACCUGUGAACUUCACCACCAGUUUCAUCAUCAUUUACCAGGUGUUAAGAAAGCCUCAGCUUGAUAACCCAACCCUGCACAUUUCGUUUGUUUGUCUGUGUGCACAGAGACACACGUGGGAGCCAAUUAUUUACAUGUGUUUCUUAGUGUCAUACAUCAGCAUUUUUUGCCACAAUGAAAGCUGUUUUUUUUUUAUCUGAAUGGAUGUUUUCUGCGUUGGCAGAUUCCUUGUAGCUUUCUGCUGUAGGUGGUGCUAAGGGAUAUUUGGACACAUUGGAAGGCUAAGUGCUCUCAUAACACACAUGAGCUUAACUCCCUGCCAAGUCAACGCCCUCUUAAACUCCCUUCACUCCUCUGAGCCUAGCCUUCACAUCCAAUGCUGUUUUUUGUAUUUUGAACUCUAACCAACCUGAUUUGGACUAUGUGGUUAGAUGUACAAAAUGGAAUCAAAUGAAAGCUGUAUUUAAUUAAUGUGCUGAUCAUGACCAGGGAUUGUUGUAAAUUAUACAGUACUUUGAAUUGUGCAAACUGUGCAUAUACUUGGAGUGUGAGUCUGAAGUAACUGGGAAAAAAUUGACCUUUGCAAAUCUGCAAAAUGCCAUGAAAUAAUACGCAAAAUAUAACACUAAUGCUAGUCUGUCUGUUGGUUUUGUUAACACAUAUUGAAUGUGCAAAUAAAACGUUAAAGUGGUACACUA